AUGUUGGACAUUUAUACGGGUACAUGUAAAGUCUAUCUGCAAGAACCAAGUGAAAGAAAUUCAUGUGAUCCCGGAGUUUGCACUUUUCUUACUUUACAAUUGGCCAUUGAAACUAGAGCUCCAAAAGAGAGUACUAAUGGAAACAUUGAUGCAGAAGAACUUGAUAAAAUUGUAAUAACUUCUGUAUCUAAAGCUUAUACGGGUGAAACUUGUAGUAAUUGUGAAUAUAUCAAGAGAAAUUUAGGUGGAAAUAAAGUAUUUAAAUGUGAUAGGAGUGAACUUCAGAUUAAUAGGAAUUUAAAUGGCACCCUGGAAAUUUUUCUCCGAGCUCUCUGUGAUGGAGUUUUAAUUAUGUGA